GUUCGAACUCUAAAUUCGACAAAAAUUCGUUUAGCAGUUCGAACGAUGCUUCAAAGUUAGAACUGCGCGUGCAAUGGAAAAACUGCACUCGAAGCUAAAUGUAAUCUGAUGUGCUCCCAAGUCGUCUCUCCUCGCUCUUGCGUUACGCUCAUAACAAGUUUUCAUCUCAGUAAUGGAAGUGUAAUAACCAACUUAACUUAUGACAAUUAUUUUAUAACAACAGCUUUGUUAUUGCCAGAAAUUUUUAGUGAAACUGACGGGAUUCUUCUAAAGCGCAUCAAUAUGAGUAUAAAGCCUAUUGAAAACAAGCCACUUUCACAAUAUGUUUUGGAAAAGUCUGAAAUGAAUCCAUUGAUUAAAACAUUACAUUAUGAAGAAGAAUAUCUAGUAAUGCAGUGUGUUCAUGGUCAGAAUCCUCAAUCAAUUUCUAAAACUGAAGUUAUAAGACUAUGCAAUCAAAAUGAGAAUUGUUUGAACGAUGUUUACAGCAGUAUUCCAACAGUUUUUGUAAGUAAUAUUGAUACUCACAAUUCUCAUGAAUUAAUUUCGGCAACGACCACUUUACAAGUGAAUAAGGAUGCAGUUUCAUCAGUAGGAGAAGCAACAAUAGUUAAACUUUUACAUUUAAGUGGCUCACCAUUUUAUAACAACAACACCAAAAGUACUUGUUAAGGAUUUUAUUUUUGAUUCAUUCAGUUCCUGAAAAAAAAUUCAUAUAAUCCAGGUUUAAUAUUCAUGAUAAAAAUAUUCACGAUAAAUUGUAAUAUAAUCUCAAGGGAAAUUUUAAAAUAUAUUAAUAUUCUGCAAAUUCAUAAACUGUAAGAUAU